CCACCGCCAUUCGUCACCCAUUCUUAGUUCGUUCAUGCUUGCACAAAAACAUGAAUAAAACCAAAAUGCGUGAAACAGCUACUAGUGUCGCAUUUUUUUCUGAAAUCAGAAAAGUCCGUUGAGCUGUGUCGUGCAAAAUAUAAAAUUUGAACAAUUACAAAUAAAGCAUUCUCCCCACUCGGUCGUCGGUCGUGGGUGGCGCAUACAAUUCGUUUCUGUGGCCAAUUAAAUUGCAAACGCCGAGAGAAAUCGACUGCUAAAACUAAAGAAAUACUUAAUAAAGUGACUAAAACAUAAGAAAUCCCAGCGAGUCCGGGGUUUUGUUGCUGCUGCUCGUAGCGACAACGUUACCGCCCACAAAACGGGAGUAUUGUGUGAACAUUGUUCGUGUUUCGUCUCUCUUUCAAAUACAAGUGUUGGCCUUUCGUGCAGACGACUGACUUUUAGUGGGGCCUGAUAAUGCGGUUGGUAGCCCAGCAGCAGCACCGCCAAAACCAACACCACCCCACGUCAACCCUGAAAAUCGCAAGCAUGUAAGCAGCCGGAAAACAGGGAAAAACGCUGAUAAGAAAACUAAAGAAUAUAAAAAAAGAUAAAACAAAUAAACUAAAAAAGCAAAGCAAACUCAAAACUCACCAAAAACACACACAGAGUAAUCGUGAAAAGUUUCCGAGUGAAAAAACACAUAGGGGAAAACAGUUUUAGAGGAAAAACCCCAAGGGCCAAGUGCAGAGGCGGUGCCUGGCAACCGCCUUAAAGGUUUUCAACCAUUUGGAGACGCAGCAGUGAAAGGCCACGGAUUAUUGGAAGGGAACUGAAUGACACUACUCGGGCCUAGCGCCCCUGGCAUGGCCUUUAUGAUGAAAAAGAAGAAGUACAAGUUCAAUGUGGAAGUGCAGCUGCAGGAUUUAGUUGAGGUUGCCCUCGUCAACGAGGUGCUUUUUGCAAAGAUACGUCUACUGGAUGGCGGUUCAUUUCAGGAGUACAGCAGUCGAGAGGAAGUGAAAAAUCAUCGCGUGGAAUGGAAUCGCAGCUUUGAGUUUCCCUGCAAAAUGAGCGCAAAUGCCUCGACGGGUGUACUGGAUCCGUGCUUUUUGCGCAUCUCCAUACGAAAGGAGAUGAAAGGCGGUCGCAGUUACUAUAAGUUAGGUUUUAUCGACCUCAAUCUUGCCGAAUUUGCUGGCGCUGGCCUCACAUCGCGUCGCUUUCUCCUCGAGGGCUAUGAUUCGCGUCAUCGUCUCGACAAUUCCAUGCUAAGAGUAAGCAUCAAAAUGCAUAUGCUAAGCGGUGAUAUACUCUUCAAGGCACCCACCCCGAGUCUAAAAAGCAAACAGACGAAGCCCUCCAUGGAUGAUCUAACGAAUGCCGCCACUGGAGUGGGUCUGCAAACGCCUACUGCUACGGCGUUGCCCAGCAUCGGCAGUGGGAGUGGCGGCAAUGCCAUUCCCCUGGGCGGCAGUGGUGCCACACUGGGUGGAGUUUCCAGCAAUCAGUCGCUGCCUGGAACGCGACCCGUGUCGGGCACAAAGGAGGAGGAGCUCGACCCGCAAGCUCUGAUAGCGGCCAUUGUGACGGACUCUGGCCUGUCGGAGUCCUCGGAGUCGGCGGUGACGCUUACCACGGAUAAUCUGCAGCAGCAUGCCGCUGCGGCUGCCUCCAAUGCCAUCACACCGUUGCCACAUGCCCUCACAGGACUGGGGAUCAUUGGUAGCAAUAAUUAUGGCACCACAGGAGUCUCGGGAGUAGGCGGUGGCGUCGGCAGCGGUGUCGGCGGCGGUAAUGCAGUCAACACUGCCGCCCUAAUGGAAAUGGGUCAUUCGAGGAAUUCCAGUAAUACUAGUCAAAUGUCAAAGGGUUCGGGUUAUAGUAGUUUUUCGCACAGUCAACAUUCGAGGCAAAGUUCCGAGGGCGAUUCGGGGCAUGCUAGUCGUUUUAGAAAAUCCGUUUCUCUACUCAAUAGACUCAAUCAGAGGGCAAUAAAUGCCAUGAAAUUGAAUAUACCACAUGGUCGGAAAUGUCACGAAAAGGAGAAGCAGCAGCAGCAGCAGAAGGAGCAACAACCAAAAGUAUUGGGCCUUGUGGCUCCAGUCAGCCAUCAGCAUGUGCACCACAGCACGACCCACCUGAGCCUCACCACCACCAUUGAGUAUGUGAGCGAGGAGCAGUUGUAUUCGACACCAAAUGCCACCAUGAGCACUGGCAAUACUCUGCAAUUUGAGGACUUUCACACACCAAUGGCCGAGGUGCCGACUGUGGAGCCACAGUUCCUGCCGGUAGCGACGACCACAACACAGUAUUACGACAGCGGCGAGGCCAGCGACACGGAUGAGUACAUGAAUGAGGACUCGGGUGACAAUGAUUCGGGCCUGGAGGAGAACUACCACACUCCGCGAGUGGCCAAGAUCAAGUCCAUGGAAAAUCUGUCGAUAUUGGAAAUGGAGUUCCACAAGGCCUCGAUGGAACUGGAUCGGAACUCACCGCGACGGCUCAAGCAGUUGGCGGAGCACGCCAAGAUACCCAAGAUGAAGUCGCUGAAUAAUCUUUGCUUCGACGACUACUCGGAGCAGGAUGUGCGCGAAGAGUUCCAGCGUAUCCAUGAUCAGUCGCUGGAGGAGCGACUGCGCUUCCAGCAGCAUCACCAUUUCGGUACGGGGCUGCGCAAGAACUCCACCACCUCGAAUGGAUCCUCGGGGAAGCUGUAUGUGAAGCAUCAGACGCACCUGAACCAUCACAUCAAGGUGGGCAAUGCCAAGUUCAUCGGACAGGAUGGCAAUGAUAGUCCACAGAGUCCGCAUUAUCCCAUACAGAAGAUGCGAUCGAUGGGCACCAUUCCAGAUGUUGUAAGCGAACGCAUCGAAGCGGAUCCUUUCCUCACGCCCACCACUGAAAGAAAACCCAGCUUCCCGCGCCUGAUCCAAUCGGCCGAGAAGCCAGCCCUGGGCUCUAGCUAUGUGAAUCGGCUGCUCAACUACGACGUGGUGGACUCCCCAGCGGAACUGUUGGCCAACUCGGUGUCCUUUAUGUCGCGCACACCCUUCGAGCGGGCCUAUCGGCGUAACAUACUGCAGGGCACUUCCUCGACCCCGCUGGCCACACAGGAGACCUACAUCGUUCGGCCACAUUCCACGAAUGCUGCCUAUGAGCUAAUGAGAAGCUUCAGUGGAGUUCCUCGUCGCCUCUUCGAUGGCAACAACAGCAACAGCAGCAGUGGAGGCGGCGGCGGUGGUAACAAUUGCCAGAACAGCAACAACAUUGCCACCAUUUCUGGGAGCGGCAGCAACAGGCAGCAGCAGCAGCAGCAGGCUGGCGGCAAUACUAGCACUUGCUAUGUCCUGGGCUCCAAUUGUUCACCGUGUGGCACACUGGCAAGCAUACAUUCCAAUCACUCGGCAUCCUCGUCGAAUGGCAGCAACAGCAACAGCAGCAGCAGCGGCGCAGUCAUCACUUUCCAGUGCAACUCGAGCUGCGGCCAGGACACUGUGGACGGCCCGGCAUCCUACUCCCCACAGCAGCAGCAGCAGCACCAACAGAUGAGCGUGGGAUCCCCCAAUGGCCAUGGCAGUAGUCCGCGGCUGGGCAACGUCAUGUCUGGGGAUGCACUCAGUUCGUUGGCCGCCAGUCCCACAGAUGCGUGCAGCAUACGCUCCAAUCCAUCGGCGGCCUCGCUGCUGCUAUCCACCUCUGCGGCGGCUGCCGAGGCCUCCGCCAUGGCCUCGGCCACCACGAUGUCUAUGUCGGGCGCAACGCUAUCGCCGCUGGCCACCACACAGAUAAUACGCCGCCCCAGCAUCACCAUGAUGAAUCCCAGUUCCGGCUCGUUAGUUAUAAGUGAAACAGGAUCUCUAGAUCGCUCGAAAAGUAGCGGCGAGAAGCGCAAAAAGGGGGCACUGGAUGAUGGGCCCCGCGUUUCGGAUCGUGUGGAGGAGACGCGCGUAAAUCCCGACUCAUUGAUCGAUGAGAUAUUGAAGGAUACAAAACUGGAUCAGCUGGAGGAGUCGGCAGAGACUUCUGGCCUUCAGCUGUACAUUGCGCGGGAUGGCACCGCCUCACUGGGCGGACACGAGGUGAAGUCCAGUGUCCGGGCGGGUGCCCUCAAGCAGGUGGUCAUGCAGGAUAGAAGAUAGUAGCGUCCCUGUUUUGUAAAAUGUAUUAGAAGACUAACUAAGCAAGCAGAAAGUAAACCAUAACUAAAUGUACUAGGCUAAGAAGUGUGCAAAAAUACGUUUACUUGCAACCUAAAAGUGAGAAUAAUAUGUAUGCAAUAUAUACGCUAUAUAUAUGUGGGUAUAUGAUAAAUGUUUAUGUCAUGUCAAAACACUACACUACACUACUAUUGAAUGUAAUUAUCUAUAGCCAUAUAUGUAUGCCCAUAUAUACAAUACGAUACGAUACAAGUGGAGUGUCCAGUCACUCCCCUUCAACCCACGUUUCAAAAAGUUGUUGUGGCAGAAUUAGGAAAAACCAAAAAUCAAAUCAAAUGCAACAGCUGCUUGCAAUUUACAUAUACAACAAAAAUACAAUUAUAUGCAUUCAGAAUUAUUCACGUAGAGAAGAGAAUCUAAAAUCAAAUUUAUUAAUUUGCUAAAAUUUUGAAUUCAACUUUUGAUUUAUUGCUUCCAUAAGAGAGACAUCCAGUCUCGCUAUAAGAAAAUAUUCAAAUACAACAAAAUGCAAAUCGUAAAUUGCUAAAAACAAAACAAAAAUCAUACAAUACAUGCCAUACCCAAACACAUACAAUCAUAAUAUUGAAAUACCUUCAACAUGUAAUCCACAAAUUGUAAUAAUCAUCGAAUCAAUCAAAAUGGUAAUAGUUUUCCAGUUGAAAGUUUCACGAAUGUAAUUAGCAUUUUGCUUUGACAAUAUUCACACACAGAAACACAUACAUACAUAUGUAUGUACAUGUAUGUAUUUUAUUUCACUAUUAUUCACAAAGUUUUACCUUCACACACCAACCCCCAAAAUAUGUAAUUGUUGUACAUUUGCUAACUGGUAUUCUUAGCGUGUAGUUAGCAUUUUAAAUCAAGCAAAUUGCAAGCAAAUUCAUUGAAUCCCCGUGAGCAAAACAACAAAACAAAAAACAGCAAAACCCAUAAAGGAAAACAAAAAUGCAAUUAGUUAUUAGCCUGUAGUUUAUGUUGGAUACGAAAAUAAUGUCUGUGUAAAAUUGCUUUAGUUAUUUUUUGAUAAUUUGUAAAAAGAGAUAUCGAAACGCUCGACAGUUAGUUUUUUAAAUUGUACAAA